GACGCUAUGGAAGUUGAUUUUGGAGAAAGUUCACAAUCAGCAGGUGUACAAAAUGUUCCACCACCACUAACAUACACUCCCAGAUACAAUACUGAAAACUAUGCUAUGAUGUGUGACAGAUUUGGUGUGCAUGAUAGAAUGGCAUCAGCAUUGGCAACAGCUCUGAUGGACGACCUGGGCGUAAAAGAUGCUUGUGGCAAUCCUAUCAUCAUGGAUAAAAGUAAAAUUCGUAGAGAAAAGGAAAAAUGGAGACAAGAAGCGCUUCGUAAGCGGUAUGAUGGCUCAAAUUUGCUGGUAUUUUCAUUCGACGGCAGGAAAAAUGAUGCUCUAACUUUAGAAAAAAUUGAUGAGAAGUGGCAUACAAGGAUGGUAAAAGAACCUCAUCUAGUUGUUUUGAGGGAACCACAUUCUCAAUUGAUAGGCUACACAAAAUUGGAAAAUGAAUCUGCUGAACACAAAGUCGACCAAUUAAGCGAUGUUUUCCGAGAAAAACAACUGUCUCUGGAUUCAUUAUUUGGUAUAUGCUCUGAUGGUGAACCAACAAAUACUGGCAUACACGGUGGAGUUUUGCGACUAUUCGAAAAACAGUUAAAGAGACCACUGCACUGGUUUGUGUGCCUUCUGCACUUUAACGAGCUUCCGUUUAGACAUUUGUUUGACACUUUGGAAAAAUCAUCCACCACUGGACCACGAUCAGCUACCGGAAAGUUGAGCACACAAAUUGCUGAUUGUGAAAAACUUCCGGUGGUACCAGAUUUUGAGAAAAUCGCACUGAAAAUAUGCCUCCUGGUGAAAUAG